GAUGGAAGAAUACUGUUGCUGCCCAUCCGGGCCCUGCUCUCUGGAAAUUUCCUUUGGGAGGGGCUGGAGACUGAAGCCAGCCCCUCCUUGCCUCUGGCUACCCCAACACCGCCUUCUUGCUUGGCUCAGCAGGAGCCCCUCUGAGUACACUCAGCUUUUCUUGUGACCAGGGUAAAUAUUACCUGACACUGUUAAUAUUUAAUGCCCCCCACCUCUGUCCUGGCCACCCCCACGGCAGACACUGUCCCCGAAGUAGAGGCGGCAGGAAGACUGUGGAGAAGCUGUGGUGGCUGGGGAAAUGACAGGGCUCUCGGCUGAUGAUGGUGGCAGCGCCAAGGGGCCAGAGGAUCCAUUCCACUAUGAUUAUGAGACCGUCCGCAAAGGGGGCCUGAUCUUCGCAGGCCUGGCCUUCGUCGUGGGGCUCCUCAUCCUCCUCAGCAAAAGAUUCCGCUGCGGGGGCAGUAAGAGGCAUAGGCAGGUCAAUGAAGAUGAGCUGUGACAAUAGAGCUGCCAGUGCCCACCAGUGCGCAGGCACCAAGGAUAUCUAUCCAUCGUCCCCAGCUGUGCUCCACUGUCUGUGAUAUCACAGUCUGUAUUCAUGAUGAAGGACGCGUCGGGCUCACUAUGACCCCCUCAUGGUCAUCCACUCAUGCCUCUUGAUCCUUAACUUCCUUCCUCCCCUCCCCAACUCUUCUAACAUCCCACUUCCUGCUCCAAGUUGGGGUACAUGUGCAUGCAGCCUCAUCUCACUGGUUUUCAAUGAAUCACUCUAGCAAGUACCUGCCAAUGAAA